UGCCUGCCGCCUGGGUGCUGAGCGGUACAAAUAGCGGUUGGGGUGCUCGCUAUUGCCUCAGUUUGACUCCGUUGUCUGCUCUCUGCUUGUCAUCCCGGUGGCAGCAAAACCACGCCAAACGCCACGGCGCGCACACCUGGCACCUGGCCCCACCCCCCCACCCCCACCGUCCUCGUUCGCGUCCGCAUCGUCGCCUCCACCCGAUCCUGCAUCCGUCCGUGGCUUUGCGUGCGCGUUGAGCUUUAGCCCCGUUGUCCGUGCAACACGCGCGUGUGUGUGUGUGUGUGGUGUGUGCGGAAGUGAAGUAGUGUGCCCCGAGUGACCAGUGACCAUCUCGAACCAUCCGGCGCAAGGAUAUGGAUGCACGCGAGGAUAUGCCGAAGGCGGACACCAUUGCGCUGCGCAACAAGCACAUCGGCAAGUCCUGCCAGCUGUUCUACCGGGCCGAUCCACUGAAGAUAGUGCGCGGCCAGGGCCAGUACAUGUACGACGAGCAGGGUGCCCGCUACCUCGACUGCAUCAACAAUGUCGCUCACGUGGGACACUGUCACCCGAAGGUGGUGGAGGCGGGCCGGCGUCAGCUGGCGACGCUAUCGACCAACAAUCGCUUCCUGCACGAUGAGCUGGUCCUGUGCGCCCGGACGCUCGCAGAGAAGAUGCCGGGCCGGCUGUCCGUGUGCUAUUUCGUUAACUCGGGCUCGGAGGCGAACGAUCUGGCGCUGCGGCUCGCCCGCCAGCACACCGGCCGCCAUGAGGUCAUCACGCUCGACCACGCCUACCAUGGGCACGUGUCCGCCGUGAUGGAUAUCUCGCCGUACAAGUUCAAUCAGCCGGGCGGCGACCCCAAACCAGACUUUGUACACGUGGCACCGUGCCCGGAUGUGUACCGUGGUAAGUACCGGGACUGCGACUAUCCACCCGGGACGGAUCUGGGGGAGCUGUACGCGAGCGAGGUGCAGCGGUUGCUCGAGCGCAGCCCGACCGGCGUGGCCGCCUUCAUCGCGGAGAGCCUGCAGAGCUGCGGUGGGCAGAUCAUUCCACCGCCCAACUACUUCCGGCGCGUCUACGAAGCUGUCAGGGCGGCGGGCGGUGUGACGAUCGCGGACGAGGUGCAGGUCGGGUUUGGGCGCAUCGGUACGCACUACUGGGCGUUUGAGCCGCAUCAGAUCAUCCCGGACAUCGUGACGAUCGCCAAACCGAUGGGGAACGGCCAUCCGGUCGGUGCUGUCGUGACGACACCCGAGAUUGCCGAAAGUUUCGCCUCGACCGGCGUCUGCUACUUCAAUACGUACGGUGGUAAUCCAGUGUCGUGUGCGAUCGCGAACGCGGUGAUGCGCGUGAUCGACGAAGAGGGGCUGCAGGAGAAUGCCCUGCUGGUUGGCCAUUACCUGCUCGAACAGUGCCGACAGCUCGCAGCCGAGUACGAGCUGGUGGGUGACGUGCGCGGUACCGGUCUGUUCGUCGGCAUCGAGCUGGUAAGCGACCGGCAGCGGCGGGUACCGGCGACGAGCGCAGCCAAAGCGGUGGUGGAGCGCAUGAAGACGGUCCACCGGAUAUUGGUGAGCAGCGACGGGCCGGACGACAAUGUGGUCAAGCUGAAGCCGCCGAUGGUGUUUACGCGCGAGAAUGCGGACGAGUUUCUGGUCGGGUUCCGCGAGUGUCUGGCCCACGUGCAAGGUAGCGAGAAGCACCAGGUGCAGCCACAGUCACAGUCACAACCGGCUAGCCCGGCCAUGAAGACGGCUACGAUUCGCGUGAACCAUCCGCUGGCUCCCGGUGGACUGACUCUCAUCAAAUCCGCUUAGAAUAGGUCGCCUCGUUCGAUACGCAGCAGCAACAGCAGAGUAUAGGAGGUAGGCGCUUCCGGUGCAUGAUCGCGGAGAACAACAAGAGAAACAGAGGGAGAACUUAUUUGUUUUAAAAAUAAGAAUGAUAUCUCCGAUAAUCAACCUUCUUCCCCCUAUCCCUUACCCCAUUCAUGGGUUCCACUUCAAUCCGCUCCACCCCUUCCCAAAUUAUGCAAUUAAACAACUAGAGAUGUAGACAGUUACCAGAUGAAAUCCGCUAUU